CUCACACUCGCCCGCGCUCACACUCGCCCGCGCUCCUCCAGCCUAGCCGCGGUGGGCGUGUGUGUGCACGCGGCCAGGGGAGGCGGGACCUGCGCGCCCGCCCCCUCCCUCGCCGCUCGCGCCCAGUGCGAGCGAGAGCCCGGCGCUCAGCUCCGCACCUUGUCAAGCUUGCAAGUGCUGCUCACCGGUGAACUUGGGAGCUCCUGCCACUCGAAGCUAGGGUUUGGCUGGAAACAAUGAAGAGCCUUUCUCAUAGGUUGUUUGAGGACUUGCCGGUGCCCACUGCGGAGAAUCUCCAAUGAACCCAGCAACAUGUCAUACGUGAAAGAGACAGUGGACCGACUGCUCAAAGGAUAUGACAUUCGCUUGCGGCCGGACUUUGGAGGGCCCCCGGUGGACGUCGGGAUGCGGAUCGAUGUCGCCAGCAUAGACAUGGUCUCGGAAGUGAAUAUGGAUUAUACACUCACCAUGUAUUUCCAGCAGUCUUGGAAGGACAAGAGGCUUUCAUAUUCUGGAAUCCCAUUAAAUCUGACCCUUGACAACAGAGUAGCUGACCAACUCUGGGUACCAGACACCUACUUUCUCAAUGACAAGAAAUCAUUUGUGCAUGGGGUCACAGUGAAAAACCGAAUGAUCAGGCUGCAUCCUGAUGGAACUGUUCUCUAUGGACUACGGAUCACAACCACUGCAGCAUGCAUGAUGGAUCUUCGAAGAUACCCUCUGGAUGAGCAAAACUGCACCCUGGAGAUUGAAAGUUAUGGCUAUACCACGGAUGACAUCGAAUUUUACUGGAAUGGAGGAGAGGGAGCAGUAACUGGGGUCAAUAAAAUUGAGCUUCCCCAAUUUUCAAUUGUUGACUACAAGAUGGUGUCCAAGAAGGUGGAGUUCACAACAGGGGCAUAUCCACGACUAUCACUAAGUUUUCGUCUAAAGAGAAACAUUGGUUACUUCAUUUUGCAGACCUACAUGCCUUCCACACUGAUUACAAUCCUGUCCUGGGUGUCGUUUUGGAUCAACUAUGAUGCAUCUGCAGCCAGAGUCGCACUAGGAAUCACUACGGUGCUGACCAUGACCACCAUCAGCACUCACCUCAGGGAGACUUUGCCGAAGAUCCCUUACGUCAAAGCGAUUGACAUCUAUCUCAUGGGCUGUUUUGUGUUUGUGUUCCUGGCUCUACUGGAAUAUGCUUUUGUCAAUUACAUUUUCUUCGGAAAAGGCCCUCAGAAAAAGGGAGCGAGCAAACAAGACCAGAGUGCCAAUGAAAAGAACAGACUGGAGAUGAACAAAGUCCAAGUUGAUGCCCACGGCAAUAUUCUCCUCAGCACCCUGGAAAUCAGGAACGAGACCAGUGGCUCCGAGGUGCUCACAGGUGUAAGUGACCCCAAGGCCACCAUGUACUCGUACGACAGCGCCAGCAUCCAGUACCGCAAGCCACUGAGCAGCCGCGAGGGCUUCGGGCGUGGGCUGGACAGGCACGGGGUACCGGGCAAGGGGCGCAUCCGCAGGCGCGCCUCGCAGCUCAAAGUGAAGAUCCCCGACUUGACUGACGUGAACUCCAUAGACAAGUGGUCCCGAAUGUUCUUCCCCAUCACCUUUUCUCUUUUUAAUGUCGUUUAUUGGCUUUACUAUGUACACUAAGGUCAGUCUCGUGGUUCGGUUUAGACUACCUUCCUCCUCGCUUGUUUUUUAACCCCACAGAUUCCCAACAGCGGUAACUGCUGUGGUUUUUGAGGUAAGAGAUUCAGCCUUCCAGUUGGUUUUCGAUCUUGUGUGUCAGUUUUUAUUAUCACACCAUGUUUACUUCAACAACAACAACAACGGCAACAACAAAAGGUAUUUUCCUGUCAACUGUGGUCCAAGGUACGAGCUCUGUAAGAGUUCCACCAAUUGCUUUGUUUACAAACACAAAGAGAGAGGUGGCUAGGUGGUAGAUAUUGUUGGCAGUCUUUCUCAGUUACCCUGGAUCUUACUGGAUUAUUUUUAAAUGAAAAUGUACAGUGGACCUUGCUAUCUACCUGCACUGUGCUCUGGGUAAACUGUAACCAUCUCAUGAUGCCAAAAAAAAUUAAAUAGAAAUUAAAAAAAAAAAAGGAAAAAAAAAAAAAAAAAGAAAACAACUUGAGCAUCUCAGAAGAAUAAAGCCAUUGAUUGACAAGUUGCAGAUUUCCAGGAAGAGGGUAUAUAAAACUGUCAGUUCCCAUCCUCUCUAAGUUCUUCUGAGCCCUUUCCAGAAAGGCUUCGGAGCUCCGUGGAGGAGGAACAUUAAAGCUUGUGCUUCUUCCCACUUUUCCCCAAACUCACCCUAUUGUGUCCAUCUGACAAUGGCCAUGGCUAGUCCUAACAAUGGUCCUCUCUCAGCCUGCCUAGAUGUUCAAAGUCAACAUUAGAACCCAGCCUGAUCUGACUGGUAGUCACUGAAACCAUUUUUCUUUACUUCUCAAGAGUAAAGAAUUGGGGAAAACGAUAGUUUUCCUUGCUGUCUGUUAUGGAGAGCAGCCCCGACUGCCCUUCAUGGGCCUUGGAAUCGCUUGAUGACAUGAAAACAUAUGAUCAUUUUCCACAGUUCCUGCUUCAGUGAGAAGGAAAGGAUAUAUAGCUGGUGAGGGCUUUAAAGGAGGAGGAGACCAAUUUUUUCCUUGAGGGGAAAAAAAAAAUGCUAUUUCCCUGAAGAAGGCAAGACUUACAUGUUAUGUAAAAGGUGCCUGGGCAGUUAUCUGCACUGCCAAAUCUUAAGUCGAAUUGUAUGUACCUCUUAGCCUUCCAGAGAGCAGUGUCUAAACAGCGGCGAGCUCUUCACAUAGGACUCUGUGGGCACUUUUUGCAUCUGCUCUCUGAACUCUGCAUUUCAAGCUACAAAAUGAAUGGCCCGGGAAAUGCUGACCCUCCACAUCAAUGUCUUCCUCCAAAGCCAGAUUUCCAGGUUAAGAAAAGCUUUAAAGUAUAGCCAAAUCACAGAAAGAAAAGAAACUCUGAAAUGGCAACACACUGAGCCUUUAGCAACGCCCACCAGCCCCUGAGGCGUGGACCGGAAGUGUCUCCACUCAUUCACCACUGUCAUUAUGGCACUGCCCCAUCUCGCUCGUGGAUUAUUCUGGGUCGUGGUUCUCAUGACUUUCAGUAAAGCAACGCAAUUCUAAACAUGCUCAAUAAGCUACUGUUGAGUUCUUCCCGUUUUUGCAGGAUUAAAAUCUCAUUUUCCUUUGGUCUGAGUUGUAAAAUUAUCUGUUUAUUUGCAAGGCUGAGUGAGAGCGCAAAUUGACCAGCCGUGGAUGGAGGCCAUGUUGGCACGAUCCAGGCAUGGAACUGCAGGGCUAAUCAGGAUGACAGGAUGACUGCCUCAUUUGAUGCUCUGGCCCUCCUCUGAGAAGAGAAUCGGUGUGCAGAGUAGUGUGAGCUGCUAACAAUUAUAGUCACAAUUGAAAAGGAAAGGCUAGAAUUUAUAUUAAGGAGCCCAAGAGGAGAAUAUAAAAUAUUCAUUUAGAAAACAAGAGGAAAAGAGAAUCCUUAAAUAAGUGAAUGUGGCUGGAUGUACUAACAGACAUUAGUAAAAGUAUCAAAAUACCUUAAACAAAACAAAACAAAAAACUGAUCACAGCUAUUUCAUGACGAGUGCUAGGAUUUUGAAGGCAAAUUUUCAGUUAGGUUUUCAGGUGUGUGAACACACCUCCCUAGUUGAACUAACAUCAUCCUGGGGUCAAAGGGUCAUCUUUGUAAAAAGCUCUGCUCAGCUUCCAGCAAGCCAAGAUGCUUUGCCAUGGACAAUCCCUGGACACAAUAGAACGUGAUCCUGUCAGUAGUGGGAGGCUCUUAAUACCCAAGAGUCACUAAGCAGUCGCUGAUUUUAAACACAGGAAUGGAUAUUAGGUGCCUGAUGCUGAACAGACAGCAAUCAUUCUGAUGUCAAAGAUCUUUAAGUGGCUUUCAAGAAAAAAAAACUAAAUCAGAAAGUGUCUACUUAGAUCUUCUCAUAAAAGACUGGGAUAGUUUAUGUUUUCAGCACUUUAUAAAAUCUAAAGUGAUUUUGUUAUAGUUUUAGAUAUAAAGCAUCUUUUGCAUUAAAAAAAAAGGAAACAACAUUUUGAACUUUUCCUACAUUUCAACCUUUCAAAAUGUAAAAUGAUUAGGCCUGAAUUGCCCACUGGGCAUGGAAUGGUAUGUGGAUCACAGCCACCAUUAUGCAAAUCUGACUACAAAGCAUUGAUCUCAGAGACCAUAGACACCUGAAGCUACUAUUGCAUCAAGGAAAGAUGUCUUGCUUGUGAGUCAUGAUCUUUGUCCUACCUUCUGAACACCUCCCAGACUAAUCUGUUCUUCUCUGCUCCCUUCCCAAGCCAAACACUGACAGGGAAGCACCUUCCUUCUCAGAUUUUCUCCCUCUUCUUUCCCAAAAAUGAUGUAAAUAAAACAUAAAAGUCAUAAAACAUUCAUAAAUGCCCUCACAUGGCCCUAUUCUUGAAAGACUCAGAUUACAUUAUACAGAGGUUGUUAUUUAACUAUUAUUGAGUCAAGUUCCUUUUGCUAUGAAAAUAGCCAUAAUCCCCUGCACCAAGGAGCAGAAGAGACUGAAAACUGCACACUUCCUCUCUUAUGCCUCAUUUACAUCCAGAGAACCCUAUGUUUCACAGUUUGACAGUGGGACAGAUCAUGUGGAAAACUUAACCGGCUGUGGGCACAGUAGACAUCUGCACCUUUUUCUUGACAACUGUGACUGCUCAUAAAACAUCAGGUAUUCCUUCUGCUUGGCAAUUCUGUGAGGCAGAGACCCAGGUAAAGGCUUAUUUCUGCUUGACUGAUCCAGGAUUAGUAUCUCAAUCUCCUCUGUUGCCAAACAGCAACAGCAGUUGGCUGGCAAGCCUGCUGAAUGAAUAAUCUGUGUUUGUGUACACAUGCAUAAAGUAUAUCUAUAUACUUUAUUGUACACUACAAUCAAUGAUGGAUUUUUAAAAAUGAGAAAAAUAUGGUGCAGAGAAAAGGAGUAAUGGCUUUAGGGUCCUAAGAAAAAUGGACUUUCCUUUAAGAAAGCCAUAGAAAAUUCACAAAAGUUCCAUUUUCCUAAAACCAAUGACUAUUUAUGAAUAUUCAUUCAGAAGGGGUUUGAUUACAAUCUGCCAAGUUACAUGAAAAGGAAACAGGAUAAUCUUUCUAGAAAAAAAAAGUCUAUGAGAUUAUUCAUGUCUAAAAUUUUGGACAAUAUCUUGUCAAAGGGGUGAUGUGCCACCAUUUGUUUCUUAAUGCAUAAUCAUUUAUCCUAGGGAGGGGUGAAAGGAGCGUGCAACCACUUGCUCAAGGUGGUUCAAUCAGCAGUUUCCUGAAUGAACAGAAGAGAAAAACACCCAUAUAUCGGAAAGAAAACACAAAGGUCCAUUUGUUAAUGGAAUGGAGAACACUGUGUAAACUUCCUUGUAAAUUCUGUACAUAGUUCACUGAACUGUCCCCUGUGGUAUGGUGGUCCUCAACUUCUGGGUGGAUGUUUGGAAAACUGAAGCACUGUAAAUAUCAUACGCUUAUAAAGCCUUUGCUUUUUAUUCAUGAGGUGAAAUGAUUAGUGAUUCGGGCCCAAACCAGACUCUCUCCAGCUCUUGCUCUUUCAUUCGUACAGUUGUGUGACUCUGCUGUAAGCCAUAGCCAGGUGUCUGUGAUCACUGCCUCAUGCCUUUACCCACUGACAGGGACAGCAGCUCCCUAGAAGGCUGCCAACCUGCGGGGCCAAAGAACAGAGCACCAGCAGAAACCAGAACUGGGACAAUCUGCUCCUUGAGCAGUCAUUUAAAAAAAAAAUAGAUAAGUUGUUUUCAGUCACUGUGGCUAUUUGUAUCAUCAAGAACUGAAUAGCCGAUGCUGCUUAAGGAGUCAGGGAUGGAAGCGAUGCUCAAAUUCCACAGGGAAUCCAAAGCUUCAUUUUUGCCAAUAGCUUUCACUUCUAACGUUUCCACUUUGUCUUAUUGAACUUCUAGCAAAACUAAACAUGAAUAGAACGCAUGGGUCUGAUCAGGGUGAACAGUAGUUACGCAAAGGAUAGGCAGGGGGUACAGGUCGAGACGAUAAAUGGCCUUGAUAGUGCUGGGUGGCAGAUUCAUACGUGAGAGAUACAGGGGUAUCUGUGUUCUUACUCUUAAAGGUAGACAAAAGUUUCUGGGUGUGAACUGAUAGAGAAGGCAAACGAGGGAAUUUAACUUGAGAAAGGGUUGUGUAUGGUGGAAGCUACUUGAGUCUGAAGAACCUGGUAACUGAACGAUUCCAGGUAUUGCUCCCUCCAAGUUUUCAGAGUCCUUUCAAAAGUCUCCAGCGUGUGGGCUGUUACAGCACAGAACGCGCUUCCAUGCAUGCUAGCAAUCCCAGAGAGGCAGGCAGCACCAACAGAAAUUCAGACUCUCCAAGCAAUUGAAGACAGAGAUUAGUUUCUUAGUGCUAGAGGGGAAGGUGUCCUCCGUGCAGGUAAGAUUCUUUGUGUCAUUUUAAGUGUUAGGAGAGUACACACGGGGAGCCAUUACUUUGGAACAUUUUAAUCCCAAGAUGUGACCCACCACCGGCUGAACACACAAAACACACCUUGUUGGAACUAAUCCAUUCUGCCAGUUUCCAGGCUAGAACAUAUUGUGAUUUUUACCUUAGCUUUUCUUCAGAUAGCAUAUUAUCUGGAAUGAUUGAAAAUGUAAUGGUUGAAAGCUGCAGCAAGUGUUUGAUAGAAGUUCUUUUUAAUAAAAGAAUUACAAACCAGAAAAUAUUAAAUUCCUAGCAGGGUAAAAAUAAGGGUUUUCUGUUUGUUUUGACAUCUCCCAUGGCAGACAUUUCCCAUUAAAAUUGAAGAAGUCUAACAGGAUUUUCUUCUUGUUUUUCUCUUACCUUUUCAGAAGCCUUUGGCUUAUUAAGAGACUCACAGCAAGAGACUCAGAACCAUUUUUGAUUGACUCCCAUACCUUUUGCAAUUCGUGAAUUUAUCAAAAAAAAAAAAAGUCCAGUGGGAAUUCAAGUUGAAAAAAAUUGAAACUCCUGAACCAAUUGAGAAGGAGAAGGAAUUCCACUCUCCAGAGCUGCACUACCUGUACAUUACGUCUUGUGGACAAUCAGACCAAGUCAGUCCAGACAAGAGAGGCCAAAAACCCUUGUUCAUUUGCCUUAGGGACACAGAGUUACAGAUUCCUUCAUUAAUCCAGUCUCAGUCCAAAGCGAAAGGAUGGACAGGCGCAGUAUUAUUUAUUACCUGGCUCUUGCUUCUUCCCAGGCUUCCUGGGAGGAGAAACAGGAACCAGGAGACACUCUCAAAUAUAUUUUAUAUAUUCAAAUAACUAAAAUAUUAUAUGUAUAUUUUGCAAUCUUGGUUUUUAUAAAAUAGAUGAAAUCUUCUGUCUUAUUUCCCAACUAUACACCCAAUGGAAACAAUUCUAUUCCUCUAUUUAUUCUUCAUUUCAUUUCUGAAGCUUAUAUGCUAUCUUGCUCAUACUUAGACGGCAGCUUCAAUCUUUGGACUUACAUUGUAUUUCUUCAUUUAACUCAUGAACAAUGAAUUGUAACAAUUCUUCCCAAUUCCUACUCAUGGUACCUUUAAAAGGUCUUCAGAGGCAAGACUUUUUAACCACCUCUGAAUGCCCUUGAAUUAUUUUUCUUUCGGUUCUUUAUGUAAAGAGUACACACAUUUACAAAAGUCUUCUCUCUCCAAACAUAUUUCAAAACACAGAAGAAAUUAAAAUAAUGCACUUAGACCUAUGGUUGAUUACAUUAUCUAUACCAGAACUUAAAGUUUCAAGACAUCAUGGUAGCAUGAUAAAUUUAUGUUUUUCUAUGCAUAGGCUCCCCUAGUCUUAACUAUAUGGCAUUUAAAUUUUUCCUAUUAUUCUUCCCAGAAUCUCUUAUCACUCAAGUUGUACAACAGUGGUUAUAGAUAAUCAUUUAGGAAUUGGACCUAUUUCAUCAUUUCUGUACAUCAUGCUAGACUUACACUUCAUAUAUUUUACCUUGUUUACUCCCCCCAUCUCAACCUUCUAGCAGAUUCUACAAAGUUAGCAAUUGCAAAAACCAUUAUGCGCUGUCCAAAUUAUCACCAGAGAAUUCUGUAAGAUGCAUUUCCUCCAUAAAGCAUCUCUAUAGACUUAGAGAUAUAUGAUAUGUAUAGACAGAGUUCUCUAAACAUACAGCAAACAACAUGCCCUAUAAUAUUGAAAGAGUAACAGCAUGUGGUGAAUAGAGCCAGGAGAUAAGAUGAAAGACACCUUGGAAUGAGGAUGGGGGUAUGUGUCUACCCAGGACUGUGACUCUUGUCAUGCCCACUGAUGACUUCAAGUUCUCUUUCAGAACCAAGUUUCAAAGGUUAUUUUAGAGAGGCUCAUCUACUCUGGAGUUUAACCAUAUGAUGCGGGUUCACCAUAGACCUUGUUCAUGCAGCCUCACAAAUCUAAUAAUAGCCUUAGUCUCAUGCCUUUAAGAUUAGCCACAUGGUGUCAAGUGAACUGAGUAGUAGUCAUAUUUCUUCCAAACCUCUGCUUUUAAAAUAUCCUAUGUCACAAUCUUCCAUCUCCCAUCUUAGAGAAGUAUCUGUAAGGGACUCUCACACAUCAUUCACCCAUGUGAUAUGGUCUCCAAUUUUACAUCUUGGGAAUUUUAGAUGUUGUUAAACCAUCCUCUGUAACUUAGCCAAGAAAAAGCCGUACGACCCUCCCUCGUGGAUGGAAGGCCAUCUUCUAGGCAGUGUCUGAGCCCAAAUUCAUUCCAGACAUAUCCAGUUUUAAACCUCACAUCUCUCUAUGUCUCUAAAUGACAUGAGCAAAUGUAUUUGAGCUUUCACGCCAGAUGCAACUACCCAUCUAGAUGAAAGAGACUCUGAGUUCUUAAAAGCUGUUACACAGCCUUCCUGUCCUUGUCCUCUUGUCUCCUGCUACACUACUUGAACAAUCAAAUUGGUCUGAUAUUUUAGAUACAGCCAUAGCAAAAAGUUAAUUAAGUGGUGAUUGGCCUCGCAGUUGUUCUCCAGCCAGCGCACAUGACAACCAAAGUAAUUUCUGCAAGUAUCCUUAACUUUUACUGAGUGUUUAUGAUUCUCCUGGGAGCCUUCUAACUGUUGAAAAUUGUUAGGAUAAUCUUUUCCCAUCCAAUUGCCUAUGUCUGUGGAUCUGUCAUAUAUGGCAUUAAUUGUGUUCAUGUGUGUUUCUUCUAUAUAUUGAAAGAUUUUAUUUAUUAUAUUGAAUUUUUUAAAAAUAAUUGUUAGGAUAACGCACAGAAAUGCCAUUUUUCGGCUGUAUUUCAUCCUAUGAAUAGAACACCUUCUCUUUUGCAAAAUUAGCUCUGCUCCCAGCCUUAGGCAACCUUCAAAGAUGAUUCUCCCAACCUCCCCAUGUGUUGAUGGACUCCUGCUCCUCUUCAAGCAAUGACGUGGUUGCUUUCUUUUCUGCUUCCCCAUGAUGUUUUUAACCUUUAGACGGAGUCACACCUCACAAUAUCAUUUUUAGAGGGAGGAAGUGUUUAAGUCGUAACCGAGGUGAAGUUAGUAUUUACUAAUGUAGGUCUAUCUACUGAGACCCAUUCAGCUACAGGUAACAAAAGAUGACUCUCAGAGGAUCUUACGCAAUCAAAACAUUCUAAGCUCAUAUAACAAGAUUAGAAGUGCCUAGUCUAGCGUGCUUAUUUCAAGAAUAUAAGACCCAAGACUCUUGUCUGAUUCUCUGAAUAUUAUCAGCACUCAGUACAUCUGCAACAAGGUUGCACAAACCAUCCAAGAUAUUCAGAAACAGGGCAAGUCCUGGAUUAUUUUUUAAAGGCAAGGAACUCUUUCCUCAACCAGCCCCAGAAGCCAUCCUUGUCCUGUUGACUGAGGUUGAGUCAGGCAUCAUUCCUCAACCAUUUACUGAAGAGUAUGGUUAUCAUAACAGGCUUACAAGUACCCAGUGCUACACAACAUAAUUGAUUGAUAAAUUAAUUUAAAAUGAAACUAAGAAUGGCUUUGGGUAGCUAUCCAAUAAUAACUCUGUCAUAUUAGACUAAGGGAAAAUACUCUCCCACUAUACCAUAGCACGUCACUCUACACUCCAGCCCUAUGGAGUUAUUCAAUAACACCAGUGUCGGGACACAGAAACCCGAAUAGCUUAAGUAACUUACCCAGAUCUGAUGGUUACUGGUGAAGUGGGUAUUCAUUGCCAGUUUUUCUUGCCUCCAAAGACAAAGUUUCUACCUCUCCCACAUGAUCUAUAUUGAAUCCCUCUGACAUCAAUAAUACAGGCUGGUGGAGUAGUUCAAGGAAGUGCAAAAACUUGGAUGAAGUCAGCUCUUACAGCCAAGAGUAAGAUCCUGUGGCCACCAGACACUGUUCAGUUUAUUUCUAUCCGCUCUCCCCACUCCUCACUCCCCACAUAAAAGCCUUUCACUGUGCAAGGGAAGUGAGGAAGAAAAGCCCUCGCAGUAGCAGCUCCAGCUCUGCUCCACUCUUUAGGUUCACACCAUCAUUCUUAGAAGACCGUACAUCCCAGUGUGCCUGGGACACCCAUUGGAGUGACAAAUUAAGUGACCACUUUAAUUAUGGGAUCUCAGCAACCCAGAGGAUAUGGGAAGUACCAAUAGGUCCACUGAUGGAGCUUGUAUUCAGUCCCAGAAAAUAUGAUUUAUCCCUUGUGAGCCACAUCUUGUGCCUAAGCAGGCUUCAUCUCUCCUGUGCACUAAGCUUUUCAUUGCUCUCUUUAAUUGGCUCCUUCAAGACUGACCCAUAGCCCUUUAUUAGCCUUCACUCCGACAGCCAGGCACCAUCACCAAAUGCUUUUUAUUGCUGCCCUUCAAACUUUACAUCUUAUGGUCAGGAUUCCACCUCGAUGAUAAGUUGCAAGCCAGCAGCACUCAAAAUAUCCAUCUGAGUACCCAUCUUCAUUCCCUCCCCUGCUGGCACCCAUCACUUCUGGAAACAACUCUGUCCACUGUGAUGGGAUAGUCUGUGUGUUUCCAGUACUCUUGUAAAUAUUUGGCCUCAAAAACAAAAUAGUUCUUAAGAGUAAACACCCUAGUUUCUAAGUCUUUUGUAGGACCCCAUGCAUACAAUCUCUAAAUAAAUUUAAAAAUAAGAUUAUACUUACAGUCGAGCUCUAUCUGACCCCAUACGGAGUAGACACUGGGAUAUUUUUUUCCCCACUGACUGUGAGUGAGCAGACCUACUCUUUAUAAUACCUCCACUCUACACGAGCUCUAGCAGAACUGAAUUGUCCAUCCUAAUUACUUCUGCUUUUCCUCUAUGGGGAAAGGGAGCAUUUUUCUCCCAUAGUUUCAUUUCUACCCCUUCUAAUCCAUGCCUGCCUUAUUAAAAGUCUUUUGAAUGUAUGUUCUGUGGGGCAUUGGAAGUUGAAACAGCAUUGGAUUGUCAAUGGAACACUCCAAUGUGCAGUCUUAAGAGAACAGUCCCAGAGGAUAUUUGCACAGCAAGUACCACUUCUUCUAAGAUGUUAAUAGAAGACUUGGCACGGGCUAGGAAGGAUAGACAGUUCUUAAUGUUCACCACUGCUACUCAGUUCAUUGAAAAGCAGGUAAUAGGAACAACCUUCUUGUGACCCUUGGGAUGGAUGGCAUUCCUGCUGUGCUGUUACAUGUUUUCCUAAAAACAGAAAAAGAAAAAGAAUAGACUUUGCCAAUGUAACCCCCCAAAGACAACCAGACACCACGGAUUUACUAGGUAGUGUGUUUUUCUACGUACAUUUUCCUCAAUACAUCGAACUGAAGUGUGUUUGACCUCCCUCAUUUUUUUAGCAACACAUUAAUAUCUGACUUCUUUAUCUUUUUAAAAAAAUAUUCACUGGAGAAAGCUUGAAAUGUGUUUUUCAGUAGUGUCCUUGAGAUAUUUUUAGGCGAGUCCCUGGACCAUUCUAAUCACUGUAGUGAGAAUUAUGUAUCCAAGUGACCUUUUAUAUUCAGAACACCCACUAUUUUUCUAAAGGAAGGAAUAUUUAUGAUUUUAUACAUGUGUAUUUAUUCACUGUUGCUCAGUCCCAUAUUUUAAAAUAAGCCAAUAAUUCUCUUGAUAAAAGCUACCACGUGACACUUUUAAAAGGUCAAGACUGCCUGAGGUUUUUGAAAAUUCCCCAUGGUUUACACGCUUGCAGGGUCCAAAAAUAUGCUUUAACUUUUUAAAAUAAGCUUUUGGUUUCCACCACCAGGUAGCAUUUUGUGCCACUGUGAUGCAGAUGUGAUGCUGGUAUAUCAUUCAGAAGGUUAAGGGAGGGAAGGGGGAGUCUAUAGUGCUGGAUAAACAAAAGCAAACUGUUUGAGAGAAAAGUAUAUAGACGGAAGAUGACUUACUCAAAAGGAAGAAACAAAACAUACAAAACAAACAAACAAACAAAACCUCUCCUGGCUGCCUAUCAUCUCUGAAAAAGAAAAAAAUCUGAAUUUAACAAAGGGGCAGAAUCUGAAUCUGUAGCAAAAGCUUGCCACAGUUGUGCGGGGUGAGGGUGGGAGAGAGGGGAGCUGGGAACUCAAGUCCCAUUAAAGGGUUCAAAAUGACCGCUGCCGGCAGUGAUUCAAACACCUCAUUGGCAAUUACUUCACUGAAAACUCGACUGAAUCCAAAACUCACCCAAACCCACCAAACCAGCGUCUGCUACUUUAAUUCACAGCACCCUGCGUUCGAUGGCCUGUGGCUUCCAAAGCAGGUGCCACAUCCACGCAGGAAGAAACACACACCUUCUGUUACUUCGCAGACUCUGUUAAGCUAAGCUCACCAAAUUGUGUCAGAGGACAUCAAGCGGUUUGUUUGGUUUUUCUUUCUUUCUUUUUUUUCCCCCUUGUGUUUUUCAGUCUCCACUAAUCAAUUUUGCAAUCUACCCUCUUGCCAAAUGUAAUUUAGCAAACUCGUUAUCCUGCUUGGCAUUACACCGGUUCUUGUAAACGAAAGAAUUCCUCUCUGGUUUUCAGAAGGCAUACUUCUUGCAUUGCAAAAAAAAACACAAAUAUUUAAUGAUCUUCUACUCUUUGGCAUGGCCUUUUCUUUCUAACACGAGCUGGUAAUACUUUCUGUGUAUGUAUCAGACCACUAAAGAAACUCAAUGGCAAGGAACAGUAUUUCUGAAAACCUGUAGAAAUGUUUGUUGUAAUGAAAUGGCACAGGCUUAAAGAGAUGCCAAGAAAGGAAAAGAUGGACUCCUUACUUUUAUAACUCAAGAUUUCUAUUUUGUAUCAAUAUAUGCUGCAUUUUCUGACUGAAAUCGCUGUCUAACUGGAUUUGUGGCCUUCUGUCGCUUUUUACAUUUGAAAUCAAAUUUCAUACAGUAAGCUUAUUUGUCCCUUUCUGUUUGGGAGUCAAUUAGAAUAUUUCAUUUCAUUAAUUUAUUUUUUUACGUGCUAAAACAAAACAAAACAGAAGCAAGUGACAUUUGCCUUCAUUAUCUCAAAAGCUAUCUGUGGACAAAAUCCAUGAAGCCUAUGGACGGUGAUCAAUACAAAUAAAAGGCAGACCUCCCUGUAAACGGUGAAUUUGUGAAUGAGGAAUUGUUCAAUGGCCUCUGAGUCCCUCCCCUCUGUCCCUUCAUGGCCUUCUUUCUAUUCUGAGUCAUCCAUCAAGCAAUUGUAAGAUACAAAAUCAAAUGACAUGCUAUCAGGUAUGGACACAAGAAAUGCUUGUGCUCUCAAUUUCAGGACUCACAGCUCCCCACAGUCACGGGGCUGUCCUUCACUCGGCCUUUUUGUUAACAGUGUGGCUUUGCUAGAAAACAUGCUAUCGUUUGCUUUGGUAUACAAGAUUUUACCCUGUUGCAGCAAAUGAAAGGCAGAUGGCGCAUUGGAAAGGCUGGUGUCAGAUGCCAUCAGCUCUGUUUGGAACUACAAAGCUGCUGAAAUGGAAUUUACUGCUGUAAAUAUGUACAAUUUAUGUCAGCUUAUUUCAAUAAAAAAAAUUUAAGAAACCAAUUGCAAGUGGCUCCUCCACGUAAAAAGGCUACUUUGUACUGUGCUUUAAAACAUGCGAGAUUUCAGGCCUAUCUUUUUAUAAUCCUUUAAAAUGUUUAGAAUUCCUGUUUGACAGCUUUUAUUGUUUAAAAAAAAAUCAAUACAAAGCUGAGGCCCUGUAUCUAAAGGAGACGCUUUGCAAGAUUAUCCAACAACUGGGGGAAAAAACAGAAGACAAGGCAGCACUUUAGUGGGAGUUUGUUUCUGCACUACUUUUAAACACAUUCUUUAGGAAACAUGCCUUAUAAACACGAACAGGAGCAUUUCUAUAGUAGAUGGGAGAAAGACAUGAACGGUCUCUCCUUGUAUUAAAACUGAUGUCUAAAACCAAGUCAGUAGGUAUCCACUUGUGACAUGGCUCGUGUCAGGCUUUUCUUUUUAAUCUCUACUGUACACAUGACUAUGAGAGCUGUCUGUCCAUCUUUCCUCAUUUGAAGACCUCUGGUUUCCAAACUCCUUGAGAAACUAUUGACAAUAAAAUAACGAACAGACUGCA